GGCCUACUUUAUUACUUAACCAUGGUAAAUUUAACAUAGUUUAGUGUAAACACUAUAAGUAUAUGCCUUUUUUAUAUAGCUCUCUAACCAUAACAAUAGGUGCAAUUGAGAUUUGGUCCUAUGGAGGAGACUAAAGAUCCUUUAGUUGUAGGUAGGGUAAACCAAGCUAGGAUUUUGCCACAAUGGCUGCUGCAGUUACUUAUGUUGUUCUUGUUUUUGUGUUUCACUUUUCCUCUGGCUAGUAUUUAUAUGAUCAAGCAUUUUGGAUUUCAAAGCUUAGUAAAUCCUAGUUUGCAGCCUUGUAAAAACGAAGAAUCUAUUAACUUGGAGCCUUGGAUUAAGCCUCCAUCAAAAAUGUUACAUACCAUGAGUGAUAAAGAGUUGUUCAGGAGGGCUUCUUUGGCGUCGCGAAUAAAGGAGUAUCCAUUUAAGAGGGUUCCUAAGAUUGCAUUCAUGUUCUUGACCAAAGGGCAAUUGCCAUUUGCGCCUCUCUGGGAGAGAUUUUUUAAGGGACAAGAGAGACUUUAUUCGAUUUAUAUUCAUUCGUUGCCACCAUUUCGAGCUGAUUAUCCACCCUCUUCAGUUUUCUACAAGAGGCAGAUUCCAAGUCAGGUGGCAGAAUGGGGGGAAAUAAGUAUCACUGAUGCUGAGAGAAGACUUCUCGCGAAUGCAUUACUUGAUAUCUCCAAUGAGUGGUUUGUUCUGCUUUCUGAGUCAUGCAUACCUUUCUACAAUUUCACUGUCAUUUACAACUAUAUAGUGAGAUCGAACUAUAGCUUUGUUAAUGCAUUUGAUGAUCCCGGACCACAUGGAAGAGGUCGAUAUAACAACAAUAUGGAACCUGAGGUUAACAUUACACAAUGGCGCAAAGGGUCACAAUGGUUUGAAGUUAAUAGAAAGCUUGCUCUUUACAUAGUUGAAGACACAAAAUUCUAUCCCAAGUUCGCGAAGUUCUGCAAGCCAGCAUGUUAUGCUGAUGAGCAUUACUUCGCGACCAUGUUGACAAUUCAAGCACCUAAUCUCUUGGCGAAUAGAAGUAUAACGUGGGUCGAUUGGUCAAGGGGCGGCGCUCAUCCUGUUAUGUUUGGAAAAACAGAUAUUACAGAAGGCCUUAUGAAGAGAAUGCUGGAAGGAGAUAUAUGUUCUUACAAUGACAGAAAUACAUCAAUGUGUUUUCUUUUUGCUAGGAAAUUUGCUCCCAGUGCUUUGGAACCUCUACUUCUGCUUGCCCCAAAAUAUUUAGGCUUCUGAUCCACAGAAAUUUCAUUAGGAUAUUUUUCAA